UAUGGCCGCCUACUCUUCCAUAUCUCUAGUUUGCUUUAGCGCCAUUUUAAUUUACAUUCUGGAUUCGCGGCUGAGAGUGAGAGAGGACCUAUUUAAGCAUAUACUGCUAUAUUAUUCAUCACCGGCCAUUCCUUACCAUUUCUUCUCCCUCUGCAUGGUCAGUGCUCACAAACGACCAAUCCCCCAAACGCAGCAACACCAAGCAAAAGCAAAAGCUAUAGUCCUUCACUAGCUUAGCUAGCCAAGAAUCGGGAGCUUAGCUGAAACCUGCUGCUGCAUUGGAGAAGAUCGAAUAUGGCUGGCCUCGGGUUCGACGAGACCGAGCUCCGGCUCGGCCUUCCCGGCGCCGGCGAGCUGGCAGCGAGGAGCUCCGGCAAGAGGGGCUUCGCCGAGACCAUCGACCUCAAGCUCAAGCUGCAGCCGGCGGCGCCUGCUGCCGUCUCUGGGGAAGAGGGUGCUCAGGAGGACAAGGAAGAUGCCGACGCGGCGGCGGCGGCCGCCGACGAGAAGAUGUCGAUGAAGAGGUCGGCGAGCCAGAGCAGCGUGGUCACCGCGGAGCCCGAUCCCGACAAGCCGCGCGCGCCCAAGGCGCAGGUGGUGGGGUGGCCGCCGGUCCGGUCGUUCAGGAAGAACGUGCUCGCCGAGAAAUGCAAGGCGGCGGCGCUGGUGAAGGUGAGCAUGGACGGCGCGCCGUACCUGAGGAAGAUCGACGUCGCCAUGUACAAGAGCUACCCGGAGUUGUCCAUGGCGUUCCAGAACAUGUUCACCUCCUUCACCAUCGGCAAGUGUGGGUCCCAUCAGCAGCUGAAGGAGAGCAAUAAGCUGAGAGAUGACCUGGAGUACGUGCCGACGUACGAGGACAAGGACGGCGACUGGAUGCUCGUCGGCGACGUCCCGUGGGAGAUGUUCGUCGAGUCGUGCAAACGCCUCCGAAUCAUGAAAGGGUCUGAAGCCAUUGGCCUUGCACCAAGGGCAGUGGAGAAAUGCAAGAGCUGAAGCUGAUCAAGGAGAAUUAAUUAGCGCCGCAUCCAGAUUUAUUAAUUUUCACGGAUAUUAUAUUAUAUUAUAUUAUAUUAUAUUAUAUUAUAUUGCAUGCAUGCUUUGCUCCUCCCUGUAUUAUACUAGUAUCAAGUAAUUAGUUUACUGUAAUUCAGUGUCAGUUAAGCCUGUGUCAUCUCAGUUUUUCUAAGGGAUUUUGAUGUAUUUACAUGUGGGUUAGCUCCAUCUUGUUAUGCUCAUGGAGUAUAUAUAUACGUAACAACAAUGUCAUCCUUACGUCACCCUUUUCCUCUCUGUUUUUUUUUUCUGUUCCUUUUUUUUUUUUGCGGGAAAUGCGGUUGGUGAUUACCUGUUCUUCUGCAGGGAUCCUGCAGCUUGUCUAACACUAGUACAGCAGUGCUCAAUUAUCGUGGCCA